AGAAAAGUCACUUAACUUAAAUUUCGGUUAUUAUCAAGUGGCAGUGACAGCGGCUGUAUGCUCUCACCACGUUACUGCUUUAUAAACUGGCGAAUAUUGGCCUGUAACACCGUAUUAGCAACCUUUCGUAGUCAACUUAGUCAACAUGGUUGGCUAGAUUAAGUAAGGAUGGUAAAAAUGCAGUGCUUUUCAAUGGAAGAAGGAGGCUACUAUUGCAAGGAGGUGGUAACGGUAGUGGCGAAAUUAUCAAGUGGAAACCCAGCCUACGAAAACUAUUACAGACAGCUGGAUCCAGUGAACACAGGCAAAAUAUCGGCUGGAGAUGCAGCUCAGUUCCUCAAGAAGUCAGGGCUGUCAGACAGUACAUUGGGGAAGAUUUGGGAUUUGGCAGAUUCAGAAAGAAAAGGCUAUCUGGAUAAGCGGGGUUUCUUCAUAGCUUUGAGACUGGUGGCCUCAGCCCAGGGUGGAAAUGACAUCAGCCUAAGCAACCUCAACCAAAACUUAGCUGCACCAAAAUUUAGAGACACUAAAAGCCCGUUAUUAAGUGUUUCAACGACAGCACCUGAUUCACAGUGGGCAAUAAGGCCUGAUGAAAAAGGGAAAUUUGAGGGCAUUUUUGAGAGCCUGUCUCCUGUAAAGGGUCUCCUCUCCGGGGAUAAAGUCAGGCCAGUUCUGAUAAACUCCAAGCUACCUCUGGAUGUGUUAGGAAAGAUUUGGGACCUAAGUGAUGUAGAUAAAGAUGGACAUUUGGACAAAGAUGAAUUCACAGUGGCCAUGCAUCUUGUAUAUCGAGCCAUGGAGAAGGAGCCUGUCCCAGCUCUCUUACCGGCUUCCCUCAUCCCCCCUUCUAAAAGGAAGAAGUCUGCGGGUGCACUGCCAGGUGCUGUGGCUGUGCUGCCUGCUCUGUCCGGUCUUACAGCUGGCCCGGCUCCUCUCAAAGAGACCUUGCGAAGCACUCCUCCUCUGGCCAGCGCUACUCCCCUCAGCACCAAUACUGUCAACCUCUCUCCAAAACACUCUUUCAAAUCCAGCUCACCGCCAGCGGUGAACUGGGUGGUACCAGUGGCUGACAGGGAGAGAUAUAAUGACAUUUUCAAGCAAACGGACACCGACAAUGAUGGACUCGUCACUGGCACUGAGGUGAUAGAGAUCUUCAUGCAGUCCAGUCUCUCCCAGACAAUGUUGGCACAGAUAUGGGGAUUGGCUGACACUAAACAAACUGGCAAGCUGACCUGGGAGCAGUUCUCUCUGGCCAUGUAUCUUAUUCAGCAGAAGGUCACUAAAGGUGUAGACCCUCCCUCCACUCUCACUCCAGACAUGAUUCCCCCUUCAGAAAGGACUGCAACUUCAGCGGCAGCCCCUAGCUAUGCAGGGCUUAUGUCUUCUCUGAGGUCUGACCCUGCUGCACUUGCUAAUAUGCGCAGAGACAGCACCAGCUCCACGGGGUCGGCAGAGCUGACAGGCAUCAAAGAGCUAGAUGACCUCAGCCAGGAAAUAGCUCAGCUGCAGAGAGAGAAAUUCAUCCUGGAGCAAGAGAUCAGGGAAAAGGAGGAUGCCAUCAGGCAGCAAAACAGUGAAGUUCAGGACAUGCAGAAGGACUUAGACAGGGAGAGCAGCAGCCUGCAGGACCUGGAGUCCCAAAAGCAGGAUGCCCAGGAUCGUCUGGAGGAGAUGGACCAGCAGCGCUCCAAACUGGAAGGGAUGCUCAACGACAUCAAGCAGAAGUGCCAGGAAGAGUCCCAAAUGAUUUCGUCCCUGCAGAGCCAGAUCCGCUCUCAGGAGACCGACCUCCGGAGCCAGGAGGACGAACUGAGCCGCACCAAGGCAGACCUGAGCCGACUGCAGGAGGAGGAGGCCCAGCUGGAGCAGAGCCUGCUCUCCGGUCGCGUCGAGCUGGACAGCAUCAUUAAGUCGCUCAAAACCACCCAGGAAGAGAUCAACCAGGCCCGCAGUAAAAUGUUGCUGAUCCAGAACAGCCAAAAGGAGGUGACUAAGACCAUUGAGCAGUACAACAGCGCUUUGAGCGACAUCAACGGAGGAAACUUCAGCAACCUGCCGGACUUAAGUGAAGGGUUUGCUGAGAAGGACAACGCAGGUUUCAGGAUUGCGGAUGAUUCUUUCAAGUCAAAGAUAGCCAUGUUCAACAACAAUAGUGCUAAGGAGCAUCCAGUAGACCCCUUCCAGACAGAAGACCCCUUCAAGUCCGACCACUUCAAAGAUCCAUUUGGAGGGGACCCUUUCAAAGAAAGUGAUCCCUUCAAAGGCACCUCGUCUGAAGAUUUUUUUAAGAGGACAGACAAGUCAGACCUGUUUGGAUCUUCAGACCCCUUUGGUAGAAAACCCACACUGCCAACCAAGCCCAGUGCCUUCAGCAGUGGUGACCCUUUCACAUCAAACAGCCCAAAACCAAAGGAUUUAGAUGUGUUUGGGACAGUGGACCCCUUUGGAAGCAAUUCUUUUGGAAGCAAGGGGGGUGGAUUUGCUGACUUCAGUCAGAUGUCAAAGUCGGACAACCCUGUGCUCCCAUCAAAGAAAAAUGUGCCUAACCGGCCUGCACCUCCCUAUGUAGGUAUGCUCAGUUUGGGUGCGUCAGAGCCGUUCCAGAGUGUUUGCUCCACAACAGACAGUAAAGACUCUUUUGUUACGACAGACUCAAGUAAAACAUCCAAGGACUAUCCUGUGGGUUUUUCAGAUUCUGUCCCUUUUGGAAGUGAGAGCCAGCAGCUGGAAUGGGCCAAGCGGGAGAGCGAGCGUGAGGAGCAGGAGAGGCUGAGGAGGCUGCGGCUCCAGGAGCAGCAGGACCUGGAGCUCGCCAUCGCUCUCAGCAGGGCCGACAUGCCCAGCGCCUGACCAGACAUGCCCCACCACAGCUUUUCAGUCCUCUCCCUUUUGCCUUAAAGUCCUCCGUCAGCAGGCUCAUGACAACAGCGCCGACACUGGCCCGACAAGACUAGCAGCCCCGGUUACCAAUUUGUGUAAGAGACCAGAGUUUCUCCCGCCAUGACUGGACUCCUGUCAAAUUACUCCAUAUUUAGCAACCAGUUAAGGUUCAUUGCUCCCAAACUACAUGGCAACUAUAACCAGGGACAAUACGGAGCCACUUGAUUUAAUCCUGGCUUCAUCCUGCAGGAACAUAGCGAUUUAACGCAACCCAAACCAGCAGGGUACUCGACUACAACCUAUAUCUAGCUCCAUAUCUUGUAAUGGUUAAUCGCCCUGCCUUAACCAAAAGCCUAUUUGUUGCAAAAAAAGGAAAGAAAACAACAACAACAACAACAACAAAAAAAACUUAAGAAUAUUUUACAGUUUUAUUUGUAUACAAAAGCAAUGAAUCUGUGGUGUAUGAAGAACUUUUAAAAUGCACUGUAUAAACUGUUUUAUAUAACCUUUAAUUACUCUUAAAAAAAAAGUUCACAUUGAAAGUCAAACCAUACACGCUAACUACCCUCUUAGCCUGUGUUUAGAGUUUUUCUCUUUUUUUUUUUUUUUUAAAGAAACCUCCAUGUACUGUAAAUAUUGUUAGAUGACAGUUUUAUGUACAAGCUUAGAACAGAAAGUUCCCAUCUUUAAAACAAAAGCCUGUCUUAUAGGACAGAAGUUUAGUUAUCGGCAUGAAAACGGCAUGAUUUAGAUUUUUAUUUCAUAUGUUAUAAGUGUUUCCUGACAUUUAGGAUUGCUUAUCUACUAUUCCUGGCCUUAAAGUACAUGGAUUAAGAAGGUGUUUGAAAGUAAUCACACCCUCAACGGCGAUACACAGUACAUGUCAAUGUGGAAAAUAUGAUGUUUUGGGAAUCCCUGAUUUUAGCCCUAACAGCUUUGGUUAAAAAUGAUUUAGCCCAUAUCUUCGGUUGCAUCUUGUAUUUACUAUGAUUAAGAUGGUAACGAUAAUCAAUGAUGUCUUCCGUUCUUACGAACAAAGUUCAGUAUACCUGGAGCGCUGUUGCACCAUCCCUCUGAUGUCAGCAGAUUGGGUGUGUCAGAUGGUUUAUCCUUGGUUGCAUUGUUGUAAUGCCCAAACAACUUGCACUCCCAUACAACUAAAAGCCUCUUUAAAAAGGAAAAAGUGUGAACUUACAUUGUUUAUACUGGUGCUGUUACACUUAGCUUUGACCUUUUUACUUCUUCUGCUACUUCUUUACGUUACAACUGAUUCACAGUGACAUCUGCUUCCAAUUUUUUUGCUAUUCUCACAAAUCAACAAUUGGAUUUUUUUUUUUUUUUCUAGAUUUGUGUUUUUCACUUAAUUAAUGUCUCUUGAUCCAGUCAGAGGACAUUUAUUUAAAUGCCUUAAAAUAUUGCUUCCUUUUAAUCAUAUAACACUAAUCAGGUUUAUUUGGCACAUAAUGUAUGUACUGUAUAGUCCAGAACUUAAUGGACAUGUACAGAGUGACAAUGCCUUAUUUAUCAACAUACAGUAUCAACAUUGUAACGUAAUAUUGCACAGUAUGUAUAUGAUCUAAAAAAAAAA